UAGCCGUGCCGUGGAGUGAGAGGCUCCUCCCUGUUGCUGGUGUUCCCCGUUCACUGGGGCGGGAGCCUCGUCUGCAGGCAGCCCUUCGCGGCUCUCUGGGCCACUCACCCUCUCCCUUUGUGUGUGGCAGGAUGGAGAAACCCAACCAGGGUGUCGGGGGCUCGGGCUGCCCAGCAGGCCCUGUGUGGCUGUGGCUGCUCCACGCGGCCUCGCGUCGGCACCUGCUAAGCCAGGCUAGACCUCCCUGCCCUUGGAUAAACCGCUCUGUAGCCAGGGGUGUCCAGUGCCUGUCAGGGUUGAGCUUAGUGAUCCUCUCUCAAACCACCCCCCCACACAAAGCCUCGCGCUCACCCGGGCUCCAGCCAGACACAGCCUGCCCGAGAGCCGCGCCUCUGCUCUUGGAGGAACGUCAGUGUCUAGAGUGUGGGGUUUGCCCUCCGCUGGCAGAAAGGUGAGGAGAAAGCUCCUCUUUUCUGGGCCCCUCCCUGCCUGUCCCUGGUAAUGCCUCCUGGGUCCUGAGUUUGAGAAAGCAGAGCCUCACCCCAGCAGGUUCUCACAGCCAGAGUGCGGGGGCCCCAGCAGGUUCUCACAGCCAGCCGGCAAGUGCACCUCAGAGUGCGGGGGCCCAGAGUCAGGCCACUCCUUCAAGGCCCCAGGUCGCUUGCUGCCGGUUUUGGCCUGUGAGCUCACUGGCCUCAGUGCCAGGUAAGGACAGCCACCUUCCUGGGAAGAGGAGGUGCCCCGGGUCUGGUGGAUUUCCCACAGGGGCUGUCAGAGGAUGUCCGCAGAGGCAGAGCCCUUGGGGCCUGUGGGCUGGGUUGGGCUGGUGGACGUGGGGUCUGGGACUUCUCCAGAAGCUUACUUCCUGCUGCACGCUUUGCCGACUGUCCUUCCACCUCUGAGUGUCCAUCGGGCCUGUGGGGGCUGCUGCAGGCUCCUGCUCUGUCAGCCCACCUGCUGCUGCGCUGCUCUGGGAGCAAGCUCCCCCAUGGCAUCUGGGACACUCUCCUGUCCUCCCUGUGCUCAGGGCUGGAGAGAGGGCGGUGGGGCUGCAGGCUCCCCGGGCCUUCUGGGCCCAGCCCUGCCACCUGAGCCCACCUCCUCUCACCCUCUCUGGCUCACACUCCCCGGCCUGGAGCUGGGACCUGCCCACAGGCGUCUGAAGACACGUCAGCCUCAGCUGGGGGUAGCCCUUGCUUGGCGCUCUCUGGCCUCCGGGCUGCCUCCUCGCGCCCACUCUGGGCCUGCUCUUCUUCUCAUGAUGUCUUUCCUUUCACCUCCUGCGUUGUCUGACAUCGUCUCUCUCUUCAUAAAUUGUAGCGUUUUAUGUUUUCGUUCAUAGUGUUUUAACCAAACAGUUGUGGCUACUCAUGGUGAGGAAUGACCGCUAAGAGUUUGGGUUCUUUCAAUGCAUUUGGAGGUCACUGCUACACGUUGAUGUUUAGGAGGUUGAGAGGUUUGCCUUUAGGUAAGUUGUGGCCAGGGGGAGUGUCCCAUGGGUAAGUGGUGGCCCCGUAGGGUGACGGAGAGCUAGGGGAGGCGCAAUCAGACUGCAGAAUUGCCCGCAGCCACCGUGAGGGUCAGGAGCAGGCUGGGGACCCAGCCAUGGAGGAAGGCGGCCCAGAAGCGUUUGUCUGAUGUGCACAGCUACACCCUGCCUGGCCACAUGCGGUUCCCUGUUUUCUGUCUGCCGGGUGGUGGCAGAGUCCGGUGGGACCCCAGGUGCCUGUGAUGCAUUGGUUAGACAGGUUCUUGGAGAACAUCAGUGCAGACUCUUGCAUGAGCGGUACUCGCUUCCUCCAGCGUGGGUAGUGACAUGAAGAGGAAGGGUGUUCCUCUCAAACUGGGCAUAGCUGCAGAGCCACAGCCUGUCUCAGACAUUUCUACAAAGCCACUCCAGGAGGCGGGCUGCGCCCGUGUGAGGGCUCUCCCUCGGCACUGCUCACCUUUUGGGGCUGGUCACACAUGGCCCUGGGCCGCUGGGACACGGUGGGUGUGGAGCAGCAUCCCUGGCUUCCACCCACGAAUGCCAGGAGCACCCCCUUCAUUUGUGACCACAAAAAUGUCUCUGGACUUUUCAAGCAUCCCCUCGGGACAGUCAGCCCAACUGAGAAUGGCUACUAUAGAGGAAGGUGUGUCAUUUUGAGAUUCCUUCUAGAGAAACUUAGGAGCCUGGUAGAUGAAGCAGAAAUCUGUCCUCUGAGUGAGUGGCCAUGUCCGGUACUGAGAGUCCCCGUGCCCUGAGCCUGGUGGUGACCAGAGAGGCUGGGCAGAGGCAGAGGUCAGAACUGGCCGUGACUUCUGGAAGUCCCGUCUGCCCUGGUCACUUAAAGGCCAGUAUAAGUCAGCUGUGGAGAGGGCUGGAUACCCCCUCGACAGCUCCUCCCUGGGUGAGAUCCUUAGCGUUAGCGUCCCCCGCGGUGCACCCUCUGAGAGACCACGGGCCCCCCCCCAGCGGCUGCCUGGGACAGGCACAGGAGCCACCUGGGUGCCUCUGAGGCCUUGCCCUUUCCUACACCUCAAGGAGGGCCAGGGGCCACAGGCAAGCUCUGCCACAGGGGGUGAUCAGGUCAGCUAAGAGGAGAACGUGUAGGGCUCUUUUUCUCAGGCUGGUUCAGUAUCUUCGUUAGGAAAGACCAUCGGAAAGAAUGUUUGUUUCGCAUUCCGUAUUGGUCACAUAGAAUGUGCUUCUCCCCAGUGAGCUUCCUGAGGUGGACAGCUGGUUGCCGUUCCUCAUAGUCUGGGCUGCCCCCACCCUCCAGAAUAUCUUGGUGGCGUCCCAUUCUGUGAGAAGGGGAUUGUGGUUUCUUCGUGCUUGCGCUGGUGUUCAGGGCUGACCUCUGGUCCAGUCAAGCCGCAGGGUCAGCACCUUCUGGUCACUCCCUGGCCCUGACCUGAGCCCAGGGAGAGGAACACGGGGCAGGCACAGGUGGGCCCAGCCUCGAGCUCUUCAGCACAGUGAUGGUGACGGGGCAGCGGUGGCGGCACGGCCAACCCUUCUUGGGUCCCCAGUCAGAGCCCUCUGCCCUACCUGGGCUGGACUUGUUUCUGAACAGCCACAAGCCACAGGGGGCUGCCUCUGUGUCUCCGGCGAGGCGCUGGCCCAUUACAAGCAAUUGUCUGGGGGGGGCACCAGUGGAAAGCCCCGUUCCAAGCCAUUUCAGGAGGGUGGCACUGCUUCUGAGGAGCCAGAGUCAGCGGCCGGAUGAGUAGAGCCACUCAGGAGUGGUGAGGCCCGCAAGGGUUAGCCCGGCAGGCGGCAGAGGAGCUCUGGCCCGCAGGGUGUUGAGCCAGGCAAAGUAUUGGUGCGCGGGGCCUCGGGCAGCCACACCAGAGCCACAGGCCAGGGACCUGCAGUGACUCGCUCUCCCUCCUCCCUGUGUUUGGCCUUAGUGUCCACAGGAUGAAAUGUCCGAGUCAGGCCAGUCCUCGGCAGCCGCCACACCCAGCACUACAGGCACCAAGUCCAACACGCCCACAUCCUCCGUGCCCUCAGCCGCCGUCACACCCCUCAAUGAGAGCCUGCAGCCCCUGGGGGACUAUGGCGUGGGCUCCAAAAACAGCAAGCGUGCCCGGGAGAAGCGCGACAGCCGCAACAUGGAAGUCCAGGUCACCCAGGAGAUGCGCAACGUCAGUAUAGGCAUGGGCAGCAGUGACGAGUGGUCUGAUGUUCAGGACAUUAUUGACUCCACGCCAGAGCUGGACAUGUGUCCAGAGACCCGCCUGGACCGCACAGGAAGCAGCCCAACCCAGGGCAUCGUGAACAAAGCUUUCGGCAUCAACACGGACUCCCUGUACCACGAGCUGUCGACGGCAGGCUCUGAGGUCAUCGGGGAUGUGGACGAAGGGGCUGACCUCCUAGGGGAGUUCUCAGUGCGCGAUGAUUUCUUUGGAAUGGGCAAAGAAGUGGGGAAUCUGCUACUGGAAAACUCACAGCUUCUGGAAACCAAAAACGCCUUGAACGUGGUGAAGAACGACCUGAUUGCCAAGGUCGACCAGCUGUCUGGGGAGCAGGAGGUGCUGAGGGGUGAGCUGGAGGCUGCCAAGCAGGCCAAAGUCAAGCUGGAAAACCGUAUCAAGGAGCUGGAAGAGGAACUGAAAAGAGUGAAGUCUGAGGCCAUCAUUGCCCGCCGUGAACCCAAAGAAGAGGCGGAGGAUGUAAGCAGCUAUCUCUGUACAGAAUCGGACAAAAUCCCCAUGGCCCAGCGCCGCCGCUUCACGCGGGUGGAGAUGGCCCGUGUGCUCAUGGAGCGGAACCAGUACAAGGAGCGGCUGAUGGAGCUGCAGGAGGCUGUGCGGUGGACGGAGAUGAUCAGAGCGUCCCGAGAGCACCCAUCCGUCCAGGAGAAGAAGAAGUCGACCAUCUGGCAGUUCUUCAGCCGCCUCUUCAGCUCCUCCUCCAGCCCCCCUCCGGCCAAGCGCCCCUACCCCUCGGUGAACAUCCACUACAAGUCACCCACCACGGCCGGCUUCAGCCAGCGCCGCAGCCACGCCAUGUGCCCGAUCUCGGCGGGCAGCCGGACCCUGGAAUUCUUCCCUGACGACGACUGCACGUCCUCCGCCCGUCGAGAGCAGAAGCGUGAGCAGUACCGCCAGGUGCGUGAGCACGUGCGUAACGACGACGGCCGUCUGCAGGCCUGCGGCUGGAGCCUGCCUGCCAAGUACAAGCAGCUGAGUCCCAACGGGGGCCAGGAGGACACGCGGAUGAAGAACGUGCCGGUGCCCGUGUACUGCCGCCCUCUGGUGGAGAAGGACCCCACCAUGAAGCUGUGGUGUGCCGCGGGCGUCAACCUGAGCGGGUGGAGGCCCAAUGAGGACGUCGCUGGGAAUGGAGUCAAGCCAGUGCCAGGCCGCGACCCCCUGACCUGCGACCGCGAAGGAGACGGCGAGCCCAAGAGCGCCCACGCGUCUCCCGAGAAGAAGAAGGCCAAGGAGCUCCCUGAAAUGGACGCCACCUCCAGCCGGGUGUGGAUUCUGACCAGCACCCUGACUACCAGCAAGGUGGUGAUCAUCGACGCCAACCAGCCGGGCACUGUGGUGGACCAGUUCACCGUCUGCAACGCGCACGUGCUGUGCAUCUCCAGCAUCCCCGCGGCCAGUGACAGCGACUACCCCCCCGGGGAGAUGUUCCUGGACAGCGACGUGAACCCAGAGGACCCGGGCGCGGACGGCGUGCUGGCCGGUAUCACCCUGGUGGGCUGUGCCACCCGCUGCAACGUGCCGCGGAGCAACUGCUCCUCCCGAGGGGACACCCCAGUGCUAGACAAGGGGCAGGGGGAGGUGGCCACCAUCGCCAACGGGAAGGUCAACCCGUCCCAGUCCACAGAGGAGGCCACAGAGGCCACGGAGGUGCCAGACCCUGGGCCCAGCGAGCCAGAGGCGGCCACGUUGCGGCCCGGGCCUCUCACAGAACACGUCUUCACUGACCCAGCCCCCACCCCAUCCUCUGGCCCCCAGCCUGGCAGUGAGAAUGGGCCAGAGCCUGACAGCAGCAGCACGCAGCCAGAGCCGGAGCCCAACGGGGACCCCACGGGAGCAGGCAGCAGUGCUGCACCCACCAUGUGGCUGGGAGCCCAGAACGGCUGGCUCUAUGUGCACUCGGCUGUGGCCAACUGGAAGAAGUGCCUGCACUCCAUCAAGCUGAAGGAUUCCGUGCUGAGCCUGGUGCAUGUCAAAGGCCGUGUGCUGGUGGCUUUGGCGGACGGGACCCUGGCCAUCUUCCACCGUGGUGAAGAUGGCCAGUGGGAUCUGAGCAACUAUCACCUAAUGGACCUGGGCCACCCACACCACUCCAUCCGCUGCAUGGCUGUUGUGUACGACCGCGUGUGGUGUGGCUACAAGAACAAGGUGCACGUCAUCCAGCCCAAGACCAUGCAGAUUGAGAAGUCAUUUGACGCCCACCCGCGGCGGGAGAGCCAGGUGCGGCAGCUGGCGUGGAUCGGCGAUGGCGUAUGGGUGUCCAUCCGCCUGGACUCCACCCUGCGUCUCUACCACGCACACACGCACCAGCAUCUACAGGACGUGGACAUCGAGCCCUACGUCAGCAAGAUGCUAGGCACUGGCAAGCUGGGUUUCUCCUUCGUACGCAUCACGGCCCUGCUUGUCGCGGGCAGCCGGCUCUGGGUGGGCACCGGCAACGGAGUGGUCAUCUCCAUCCCCCUGACAGAGACUGUGGUCCUGCACCGAGGCCAGCUCUUGGGGCUCCGAGCCAAUAAGACAUCCCCCACCUCUGGGGAGGGCGCCCGUCCCGGGGGCAUCAUCCACGUGUACGGCGAUGACAGCAGUGACAGGGCGGCCAGCAGCUUCAUCCCCUACUGCUCCAUGGCCCAGGCCCAGCUAUGCUUCCAUGGGCACCGCGAUGCCGUGAAGUUCUUUGUCUCGGUGCCAGGGAACGUGCUGGCCACCCUGAACGGGAGCGUGCUGGACAGCCCAGCCGAGGGCCCUGGGCCAGCUGCCCCUGCCUCGGAGGUCGAGGGCCAGAAGCUGCGGAACGUGCUGGUGCUGAGCGGUGGGGAGGGCUACAUCGACUUCCGCAUUGGAGACGGAGAGGACGACGAGACGGAGGAAGGCACAGGGGACGUGAGCCAGGUGAAGCCCGUGCUGUCCAAGGCGGAGCGCAGUCACAUCAUCGUGUGGCAGGUGUCCUACACCCCCGAGUGAAGCUGCUGCCCUGCCUGGCCCGACCUGUACAUAGGACCCCCGACCACCUGACCCCCGCCCGCCCCGCGGGGUAGCCAGCCAGGCGCCGCCGCCCCUCUUCUAACCUCUCAACCUGCAGCUUUCACCUGAGUCUGGCCCCUCCAGCGGGCAGGGAGUGUGGGGAUGCCGAUCAGCUGGGAGGAGGAGGGGAGGGGUGCUUCCACCCGAGGGGAAAAUGCUCUCGGGACAGUUUCCCAGGCAGCUCCUGGCCAGCUUCCAGCCCAGAGUCCUCAAGUCCAGGGCACCUUGGGCCCAGCGCAGGUAGAAUCCAAGGUAGUCCUGGCUUUACCCUGGGCCUCCUACUCCCCAGCACCCCUGGAAGAGGCAGGGGCUCCCCGCCGUCGAGGCUGCCUGCCCUGGGCCCACCUCUGCAUGCUGCUCAUGGGGCCACCCUACCUCCUGGGCCCUCACUCUGCCUAGGGGAGCUGGGCCAGGCACUAGCCUUUGCCCAGGGAGGUGGGCCUCAGGCUGCCCAGGUGCCUGCACCCCAGCCGGCCUUCUCUGGGGCCUCCCCGUCCUCAAGCCUCUAUCCUCUGUCUGUCCCCACCCCAGCUGUCCCCUGCCCAGGGAGCUGGCAUGAAAGCACGAGGCCCGGCUCCCUGGGGCAGCUGCUUGAGAAGAGAGACUGCUACCCCAUCCUGCCCAUGCAGGCAGGCUCUCGCCAGCCCCGUUCUGACCCGUGUGCCCCCCAGGCUCUGCCUGGGCAGAAGACUCACCUUGGAGGAGCGGGCCCUGGAGUCCUGUCCCUCCCAGAAGCCCCCAGGCUGGGAUUUCUCAGGCUGCCAGGGCAGGCCCAGGCCUCUCCGGGAUCAGUCCUAGGACGCAGGCUCAGCCUCAGGUUGAUGGGGGAUGAUGUGUUCCCGGGGCCUGCCUCCUGCACGGGGCUCCACGGAGCCCAGCUCCCAGACACGCUACUAAGUGCCUAGGGUUGCCCGCUGUGGCCUGCUCCCAGGGAGCAAGAGAGGCCACCAAGCAGAGGCCCGUGGGGCUGAGAAUGGAGCCGCCCCCAGCCGACUCCAAGCCCGUAGAGGGCAGACGCCACCCUUGGACUGCUCUCCCUGCCCAGCUGGGCCUCUCUGGCUACUCCGACCUUCCAGGCCCACUGCACUCCUGUCUGGGAGGCCCUGAUUAGGGCAGCCCAGCCCCCGCGCCCAUCCCCAACCAGAGAAGCACAGAUCUUGGGGAGCUGCCCCACAAGCCCCGCUGGCCACCGAGGGCUGCAGCCGCUGCGCUGCCGGCUUCUCCCCACCACCCUGCCACCUCCACUGUGAUGUAUGUCCGCUCCCUCGUCUGUUCCCCCAGGAUCUCGAAGUGACUCCGGGCUGAGCAGUGGGGCGGCUGGGGGAGGGGUGACGAUUCUCCUCAGGCUUUGGCCCUGCAAGCAAACCCACAUAUCUGCUCUGUAUGUAAUAAACGUCUUAACGUCGUAGCUGCCUGUUCCUGGGCCCAAACCGACA